GUUCUCGCCUUUCCUCGUCUCUCAAAAAAAUAUAUUUGCACCUUUUUUCAUUUAUUUGAAUGGAAAAAGUUUUUUUUUUUUCUCGUUAAGGAUUUCUCGACCAAUUCUGCCGCUUCUAAUUACCCAGGCAAAGCCAGUUGACUGCGGUGGUGGGGACAGUUGUUGACCCUGGCUCCGGUUACUCUAUCAUAGAUCGUCAGUCGUUGUCCUGCUCUUCGGCACGACAGCCAUAAAACUGAGGAAGCCGUCGAGAUCGAGUGAAUCCUCAGUGUCAAAGUGUGCUGUGAUUAUCUCUCAAUACUUCGUUGAUAACAGCAAAGUUCAACAAUUCGUCAAGAAUGUCGACGUCCUUCCUGGUGUCUUUCAAAUUCCUCACAUUGCUGAUCGUCAGUAUCAAUGCGCAAUAUCAAAGCUCGCAAACGGAGUGCAGAGUCGACAAUCAGGUGGGCACAUGCAUACACGCGCGCAAUUGUCAAUUGGUGGCGAACAUCCUGCAGCAGUCGCGCGACGAAGCGAUCGCCUAUCUGAGACGCAACCACUGCGGCUUCGACGGCAGUAAUCCGAUGGUGUGCUGCAUCGUUGGCAACGCGAACGUCAUCACUCGUCCAGGCGGCACCACAACGAAUCCCGGGAUCAACACGGACAGGAAUCCGGUGACACCCAACCAACCAAUCAAUGAGAACAUCCCAGUCGAUCUGGCCAACAAUCCUUUGCUGCCGAGCAAUUGUGGCCGCGAUCUGUCGCAGAGGAUCGUCGGCGGCGAGCGCACCGAGCUCGACGAGUUCCCGUGGAUGACGCUCUUGGAAUACCAGAAACCCAAUGGCAGAACCACGGCGUGCGGCGGUGUCCUGAUCAGCAAGCGCUACGUCCUUACCGCCGCGCACUGCAUCAAGGGCAAGGAUCUGCCGACGACCUGGCGUCUGAGCAGCGUCCGGCUGGGUGAAUACGACACCGACACCGACGAGGACUGCGUGAAGGACAGUGAAACCACUCGGGUGUGCGCGGACGAUCCGAUCUCGGUGGGCGUUGAGGAGCAGAUCGCCCACGAGGAAUACCGGCCGCUAUCGCGCGAUCAACGUUACGAUAUCGCGCUGCUGCGUCUCGUCCGCGACGUGCCGUUCACCAGCUACAUCAAGCCGAUCUGCCUGCCGUCCAACUUGACGACCGGCAACAAGUUCUACGUGGCCGGCUGGGGCAAGACCGAGACCCGCUCGGCGUCGAACGUCAAGCUGAAACUCGCCGUGCCGUUGGCGAAUCAAGACCAGUGCGAUCAGAGAUACAGCAAUGCCGGCGUGCGUCUCGGCCAAGGACAGCUCUGCGCCGGAGGUCAGUUGGGCAAGGACUCGUGUAGAGGCGACUCAGGUGGUCCCCUGAUGGCCGUCGAGAGAGUCGCCGACGGCACCGGCCGGUGGACGGCCAUUGGCGUUGUGUCCUUCGGACCGUCUCCGUGCGGCCUGCAGGGCUGGCCCGGUGUUUACACCAAAGUGGCGGACUUCGUUCCUUGGAUCGUCAGUAAAAUAAGAGCUACAAAUCAAUCGGCGAAGAACUAUACAGUGAUAACAGAAAUAAACAUGACGCUUAUGGGUCUAUUUGUAUUUUUCCUCGCUUUAACAACAAUCAAUGCACAGUGUUUGGAUAAACGCGCCUCUUGCACUAACAUUCGCAAUUGUCCGCCCGUCAUGGAAAUCCUCCAGCGUGAGAGACUUAGAAACCAAACGUUGCAGAGUUUGCAAUGCGGCGUCGAAGGCAAUAACACGAUGAUUUGUUGCUUGAACGAGGAUAUCAUCCUAGAACCGACGACGACGACGACAACGACAACGACAACGACGACGACUCCGAGAAUAGACUCGGAAACUCCUUCUCCACCAGAUGUAACGAAUCAUCCAAAUCUUCGUCUGUUAGAUUCAAAGUGCGGACCCAUCACCCAGCAAAAGGUGAUCGGCGGGCACAAAACCGGAGUCUUCGAUUUCCCGUGGAUGGCGUUAAUCGCGUACGACAUCGGACAGCCGAAUCCGGAAUUCCGUUGCGGCGGCACGAUUAUUUCCUCACGAUACAUCCUCACCGCCGCCCACUGUGUCACAUCGCUUCCGUCAUUUGUCAGACUGAUAGGCGUCAGGGUGGGAGAUCAUGACAUAAGUAAGGAGCGCGACUGCGACACGGAUGAAAAUGGACUCGAGUUCGAAUGUGCUGAGAGAUAUCAGAAUUUCGGCGUGGAGAGUGUUCACUAUCAUCCGGACUACACAACAGCAAAGCUGCAAAAUGAUAUUGCACUCAUCAGACUGAAUUCCUCCGUGGACUUCAAACCUCUGAAUGUUAAAUCCAUUUGUCUACCUUAUGGCACCGCUGCAAAGUUAAGUCAAAAAAAGGCGAUAGUAACUGGCUGGGGCGCGACAGAAUUAGGUACGCGUAGUUAUGACCUCCUGCAGGCAAAACUGCCGUUGGUGCCGCACGAGCAGUGCAAGGACGUGCACAAGCGGACCACGGAGAUUUGGCACAAGCAACUGUGUGCCGGCGGCGUAAAUAAAAUCGACUCAUGCCAUGGUGAUAGCGGCGGGCCUCUGCAAGCGCCCGGUAUAUACAACGGCAAUGCAGUGCGCACCAUUCAAUACGGCGUGGUCAGCUACGGACCGAAAGAGUGCGACACCGAGGGCUAUCCUGGAGUCUACACCAAGGUUGCCUACUACAUGGACUGGAUUCUCGACACAAUGACAGACUAGAAUGCCGACUUUUUGCGUCUUCCACUACACUUCCGAUCGGUCGUACUUAAGUUGUGCAAUUACGUACUGCAACGAGAAUGAAACUAUUAACUUUGUAUUCGAUAAGGACGAGUAAAAUCGCAAAAAUACGUGGCUUUAAUUUUCAGAAAAGCAGAUGAUUUAAUGUCCAGGAAAGUUAAAUCGAUGCCUCCAUGUCGAUGGUUAUUUUUUAAUUAAUAAAUCAGUACUGCAAUCUCCAUUCUACGAACAUUUCACGAAUAUACUCAAUACUACAGAAAUUGAUUAGUUAAGCGAUGUUAAUUGCUCAUAUAUCUGCAUUUAUAAUGACAUAUUUUAUGAUAACAUUUCCGGAUAUUUCUAAUGCGUUGCUUACAACGAAGUGCAAGUUAAUUACAUAAUUGUGGAAUGAAUAUUUGUGAUAUAAAUUAAUAACUCGAUAUUGUAAGGAACAUUAGUUUGUAAGAAUGUCAAUGUGUGAUUAUUGAGAAAAAUAUGUUUAUGCUUUUAACAGAAUUAUAGUAAAAAUUAAUAAAAAUUUAUACUU